AUGGCCGGAGCGCUGAAUCUCAUUCUUGCCAUCUCAUGGCUGCCUCUCAUUUAUGCACAGUCCGGUAGUCAAAGCAGUAGUACUGAGACACCAACAACUACAUCAUCCUCAGCUGCGAGUGCUGUCCACACUGUUGAUGUAGGGGAGGAUGGUCUCACAUUCAAUCCAGAUACUCUUUCAGUAUCCCCCGGAAGCAAAGUCGAGUUUCACUUCUACCCGGGCACCCAUUCAGUAGCUCAGGCUGCCUUCUCAAACCCGUGCCACCCGCUUAACCAGUCGAGUUUCUUCAGCGGGUCUAUUUCAGCCACAGACGGAGAAUCCCCUGAGGUCUUCACAUUGACUGUUAACGAUACCAGCCCUAUCUGGUACUACUGUGGCGAGGUCGGACAUUGCCAGGCUGGUAUGGUCGGGGUCAUCAAUCCUCCACGCAAUGGCCCAGAUACUCUUGAUGCAUUCAAGUCAGCAGCACAAGAUGCAGGAGAUACAACGGUACCUGCUGCGGUUGGUGGUGGCACAUUAGGAAAACCGGGCACUGCGUCGACGACGAGUAGCGGUACCUCCCAGACGACAACGUCCACUGGCUCCUCUACUAGCACCAGUGCUACAACAAGCUCGACUUCGACUGCCACUUCGACUGCCACUUCUACUUCGAGUUCAAGCCCCUCCCCGACAAGCGAGGGAUCAAGAUUUUGCUCUUGGCCAUCGCUAAGUAUCGUCAUGCUCCUGUCCGUUUCUGUGGCUAUGUUUAUGUCCUAG